GGAAAAAUUUGGGACGUCCAUGGCCGUCAAUGGCAUCAACAUCCAUAUAGUCAACUGAAUCCAAGUACAUUGGCAUCAAUAGAUUCGACAUGCAUGGCCGUCAAUGGCAUCAAUGCAAUGUAAAGUCCAUUGGAAAUCCUAUUGAAAGUGAAUGGGAAAUUUUCCCAUUAGAAAUGAAUGGGAUAGUUUUUGGCAAAUUUCUGGGGAACCGUAAUUUUUUUUUCCAAAUUCUGUAGACAACUUUUAUGCCCCUCACUGUCCAGGAAUUUUUGAUGCCCAAAUUAUGUGAUUUGGUCAAAAAUUGUAGGACUAGAUACAUUUUGAAACUUUUUUUUUUUUUUUUUUUUUUCAGAAAAUUGCCGUCUACGGACGAAUGGAAAAUUUUUCGGAGCCGUUUGAAAAAUUCCCAGCGUCGCACGAAAAUUCCGGUCGUGCCGAUGCUUGAACGGUGCCGAUUGGUGCUACGGUUCGGGCUGCGCAGCGCGCUGAAAAAACGCGGAGAAUAAGAUGAAUUAUAACAAUAAUAAAUAAAUAAGUACAAUAAAGUUGCAGAACAACAUAACCUUGGCUUUUCCUUUGGGAAAGACCCAGGUAAUUAUUGCCGACAAGUAAAAUUGACUAAAGAUUGACCACUAGGGGGCUGAAAUGUUUUUUGGAUUUGUUCUGUUAAUGAAUUUAUGCAUAUAAUUACUUUAUUUUAUCCUGUAAUGUCCGUAACUAUACAAGGUCCCUUUGAGAGACACUGGGACUGGAGAGCUUUUAGGCAGUAGGAAGCGAGAGGGAGACGGGCAAGAAGCAAAAGUUAGCGGUUGAAUGUGGCGGCAGUCCGCUGUUAUUUUAUUUUUUUCUUAUUGUCGCCACAAUAAAAUGGAGAAAGCCAUCAACGACUCCUCUCCUUCUUUCCCCACAUUCGGGGCUAUUACAAUACAUAUUUUUAAAAACGUUUUUUAUAUUAUAAAUGGGAUAGUUGCCUUUCUCGCAGACACCGUAUAACAGUUUGCAUUAGUCUAACACAUUCAUUAUAGUAAAGCAUUAACCAUAGUUUAAGGAGAUGUCACCCCAUGCACUUUGACACAGUAAAGUGGACCAGCUUAUCAGCCCCUCGCCUGUUAAGGUAAGGAGAAGACGUCAGCGACUCUUCGGUGGGGUCAGAACACCCUCGCCCUACCAACAUAACAAGUUGAUAGCUCGGCGCCUUCGACGUCAAAACAUGCGUCAGUUGCUGUGGGAGCCACGACCCAGCCACGAAAGAUGACACAUGAACUUGACCGCCCAAACCUGCCACAGAAGGAUGAUCCCAAGAGAAGGCAUCCAGGCACGCCUUCCGCAGCUUUCAAAAGACUGAACAUUUAGCGAACAACCGUCGCUUCUCGGGGACAUUUUCAAUGUAUUCGUUGUUUGGCUGACCCUGGAUCCAGUAUUGCCUCUCCGUCAUCCGUUUUUGUUUUGCUUUUUGAUCACUGUCGACGAAUAAAUUGUCAACCUGUUCUCGGUGAGCUUUCUUUAACCGUUCAAAAUGGAGUCAGUACAAAGGGUUAACGCUGGAGUGAACGCGCGGAGUUUGGCCUCCUUGCUGGAGCUGCGCCAGCGGAAUGCAUUCUGGUUCGGCUGUUGCUGUUCCGGCGGCUUGGCUGGGAGGCCGAAUUCCUUAAAUUAUUAUUUUCUAUACAGAGGUGCCGGAUCUACCCAAAUAAGUCCCGGAACACAGAGAGGCCAAUAUCAAGAGGAUCCGGCACAAAUUAACCCCUGGCUGUACCCCCAAAACAGACUGAUAGGCUGCCACGUCCUUUUCUCCUCACCCACAGAGACUGCGUUGGCGUGUCUUGCCGUCGAUCCGGCCAUGAUGCUGCUGGUGGUCGGGGUCCUCAUGUUUAUCAUCACUUUCUGCGGCUGCGUGGGCUCGCUGAGGGAGAACAUUUGCUUGCUGCAGUUUUUCUGCAUCAGUCUGACUGUCAUCUUCAUGCUCCAGUUGGCUGCCGGUGUGCUAGGAUUCAUCUUCUCUGAUAAGGCCCGAGGUAAGGUAACGGAAUUGGUCAACAACGCCAUUGUGCACUACAGAGACGACAUCGACCUGCAGAACCUCAUCGACUUUGGCCAAAAAGAAUUUGGUUGCUGUGGGGCUGUGUCCUACACCGACUGGUCCAUGAACAUGUACUUCAACUGCACUGCCAAAAAUCCCAGCUUGGAACGCUGCGCCGUCCCUUUUUCCUGUUGCAUCACUACCCAAGAAAAGGUGGAGGUGAUUAACACAAUGUGCGGGCAAGGAGUACAGGUCGUGGAAUACAUCGAAGCCGGCGACGUCAUCCACACCAACGGAUGCAUCGACAAAGUGGUGGACUGGAUUCACAGCAACCUUUUCCUGAUGGGAGGCAUCGCGGUCGGUUUGGCCAUCCCUCAGUUGGUGGGCAUUCUGCUGUCUCAGAUUCUCAUCAACCAGAUUAAAGACCAAAUUGAGCUGCAGAACUACAACAACAAGCACCGUGCCGAUCCAUGGAGAUGACAAAUCAGAGAAGCGUCUCGUGAACAUGUGACACCUCUUCUCUGGAAUUCAUUUAGUUUUUUUACUACGUGCUGGAGAUGCUUUGUCACUGGCCCUUUUGCCCACUUUUUAAUGCUUUCAGGUAUCUUAAAAUCUAUUUGUUUGAAAAUGUGUGCUUCAUAGACUUUAUAAUAUAUUGACGUGACACUGGGCGCAGGGCUGAUCCGUAGGGGGCCUAUUUUCAAAAAUUUCAAAUAUUUUCAAAACACUCAAAAUAUGAGUCUCCAUGAGCAGCGGCAUCAAAAAAUUCCUGGUGGUUCCCUUAUAAAAUUCCGAUUAUUUUUUUAAAUAUACAGUGAGGUAAAUAAGAAUUUAGUCAACCACCAAUUGUGCAAG